AUUGCGAAGGAAAAAUUUAAUACUAAAUAAUUAUUAAUUUCAUAGAAAUUAUGCCUUACGUAAAUAGUGAGUCUUGCUCGUAAAACAGUUUUAUAAGACGUAUAUGUGUGUUCAGAGUUCAGACUUCAGUGUUAUUGUAAAUAUCUAAUCGUUGUUGAAAAUAUAGUUAUUGAUUGUUUUCGUUGAAGUGUGAUAUGAAAUAAUGAUGUCGAUGAGAGUGUGAAUUUAAAAGAUAAAAGCUUAAUAAAGUAUUAAUUACCUUAACCAUUUGAAAAUUGAACGUAAUGAAUCUCGACAAUUCUUCACGAGAUAAUUCUGAAGCGCUAGACUCUAUCGGUACCGUAAGCCCGAGAGAAAAAUAUCACGGUAUGAGGGAAAAAAAGUUAUCUGCAGCUUCUCUGACCAACACCGAGGGUGCCCGGCCAAAAGUCGUAACGGUGAAACACCCAGAAUCAAAUAAACCGAAACCAACGGCAAAGAAGAAUAAACCGAUCCAAGCCGACCUAGAUGUUAUUAAAGAAUUCACAAGGUGUAGAGACGAAGGUGUCAAAAGACUAGAUUUAAGUAAAUCUUCCAUCACUUCACUCCCUCCAAACGUCCGAGAUUUGACCCACCUUGUGGAAUUUUAUUUAUACGGAAACAAGUUAGUAGCCCUACCGGCAGAAUUCGGUUGUUUGACGAAUCUUCAAACUUUAGCUUUAAACGAGAACUCUCUGACGAGCCUCCCGGAUUCUCUUGCAAACAUCAAAUGCCUGAAAGUGUUAGACUUGCGACAUAAUAAGUUGAGUGAUAUACCUGAUGUGGUGUAUAAGUUAACAUCUCUAACAACUUUAUUUCUACGUUUUAAUAGAAUCAGAGUAGUCGGAGACGGCAUAGCGAAUCUAACUAAUCUCACAAUGCUAAGUUUGAGAGAAAAUAAAAUAAAGGAGCUGUCUUCUGGGAUCGGGAAACUAAUUAACUUAGUCACCUUUGAUGUAUCUCACAAUCACCUUGAGCAUUUACCCCAUGAAAUUGGCAAUUGUGUUAAUUUGUCGACGCUAGAUUUACAGCACAAUGAUCUGCUAGACAUACCAGAAACAAUUGGCAAUCUUCACUCGUUAACUCGUAUUGGGCUGAGAUACAACAGGCUCACUUCUAUACCUUCCACUCUCAGCAAUUGCAAGCACAUGGAUGAGUUCAAUGUGGAGGGUAAUUCUAUAUCCCAGCUGCCCGACGGUCUACUGUCCAGCCUAACAGAAUUGACGAGCAUCACACUGUCUCGCAACUCCUUUAUGAGUUACCCUUGCGGAGGACCAGCACAAUUCACAAGCGUCUCUUCAAUAAACUUGGAGCACAACCAAAUUGACAAGAUCCCAUAUGGAAUAUUUUCGAGAGCAAAGAAUUUGACAAAACUAAAUAUGAAAGAAAAUUUACUGACCUCCUUGCCUCUCGAUAUUGGCACAUGGUUGAAUAUGGUCGAGCUGAACUUGGGCACAAAUCAGCUGACUAAAUUACCAGAUGAUAUUCAAAGCCUAGAAAAUUUGGAGGUUCUGAUCCUAUCUAAUAAUCUCUUGAAGCGUAUACCACCUAGUAUUGGAAAUCUAAGAAAAUUGAGGGUACUGGAUUUGGAAGAAAAUAGAUUAGAAUUCCUUCCCAGUGAAAUUGGAUUUUUGCAGGAGUUAAAGAAGCUUAUAGUUCAAUCUAAUCAGCUAACAUCUCUGCCACGCUCCAUCGGUCAUUUAAUAAACUUGACAUUUUUAAGCGUGGGAGAAAACAAUUUACAAUACCUACCGGAGGAGAUAGGUACAUUAGAGAAUCUUGAAUCCUUGUAUCUAAAUGACAACCCCAAUCUGUGUAAUUUACCUUUUGAGCUGGCUUUAUGUGUCAGCUUACAAAUAAUGAGCAUAGAAAAUUGUCCCCUGACGUCACUCCCGCCUGAAGUGGUGUCUUCUGGACCCUCACUAGUAAUUCAGUACUUGAAAACACAAGGCCCUUAUAGAGCUAUGUGAUAUGAGGAAAAUGAUUAUCACACCAUGACUGGAAAUGAGUUCUAAUCUGGUCUUUAAACUGCUAUCGUGCUUAGAACAUAUUAUU